AUGACGGACUUACUUGGCCGAGCUGGGAUGGUCGAUUGCAAGCCCCUUGCUACACCAGCUGCUGUUACUAAAGCAGUCACUCCGUCUGAUGAACUAUUUGAUAACCCGACACAGUAUCGCCGCAUAGUAGGGGCACUGUGGUAUCUCACAAUCACUCGGCCGGACCUCUCCUUCGCAGUCAAUCGGCUGUGCCAGUUUAUGCAUUCUCCGACUGUCGACCAUUGGGCCCUGGUUAAGCGUGUGUUGCGCUAUGUCAAGGGUACUCUUGCUUUUGGAUUACGGAUCACGCCUUCACCGACUACUACCAUACAUGCAUAUUCAGACUCCGACUAG